AUUCAUUCAUUCAAUACAUUUUCAUAACUUUUGGCAUUUGAAAAAUCUCAAAUUGAAAAGAGAAGAGAAGCCACUAGUCAUCAUAUUCAAUGGAAACCAAAGCUGUUGAAGCUACUAACAAUCGAUUGUAUGAAGAUUUUGAACCUUAUUGCAAAUGGCUCACAAAGGAAGGACAAAAGAUUCUUGAGAUUGAUUUAAAGGGUUUCAAAAAGGAGCAACUUAAGGUUCAAAGCAACAAUAAAGGGAUCCUAAAAAUUUACGGAGAAAAGUCUCUUGGUACAUCUAGUAAGAAAUGGAGCCGUUUCAACAAAGAAAUUAGGAUUUCAAAAGAUUGUGAUGUGAAUAGAAUUCAAGCAAAGUUUUCUCAAGGGAUUCUUUCUAUUGUAAUACCAAAAAGUGAAGUAAUUCAACAUACCAAAGAUGCAACCAUAAGGAAACAUUCAUUUUGGGGGGUGCCAAAGAGAAAAAGAUUAACCAUUCAAAUUGUUAUUGGAGCAGUUGCUUUGGUGGCACUAGGAACUUAUGUGGCACGAGUAGUAUUAUUAGUAAAUAAAAAACAUCAUGAUGCAUUUGGCAAGGUUAAUGUUGUUAAUGUUUAAUUUGAUCAUUAUACAAUAUAUGUCAAGUGAUGCCACCAAAAAAUAAAAAUGAAGCAUAUGUUUGCUUUAUUUACUAUAUAUAUGGUGAUGAGAAAGUGGACAUGGUGAUGAGAAAGUGGACAAGGUGGACUUGAUUAAUAUCUUCUUGUAACUUGCUAUCUUUGAAGAAUAAUAAUGUAAAAAAAAAUUGCAAA